GAGUGUUAACAAAUCGACAUAAUUUUUGUAGGAGAGUUGCGACACUUGUAUAUAUAUAUUUUUUGUGUUUUUAUCCACCUUCCCGCGUGAAUGCUUUAUUUGUUUUUCGAGUAUUAUUUUUGUUUAUAAUUUAGAAAAUUUUAAGAAUGUCUGGAAAAAAUAAUAUUGAAGAACCGAUGGAAGUUGACAUCACUCCAUCAACCAGCAAGAUUAUUAAAGAAACUUCCGUUUUAACAGAAAAAUCAUCAAGCACUCCAUGGAUUGAAAAAUAUCGGCCACAAGUUUUUUCUGAUAUUGUUGGGAACGACGAUACUGUCUCGAGAUUAGCUGUUUUUGCUCAACAUGGAAAUGCUCCAAACAUUAUAAUUGCUGGCCCACCAGGUGUGGGAAAAACUACAACCAUUCUUUGUUUAGCACGUAUUUUAUUGGGUCCCGCUUUUAAAGAAGCUGUUCUUGAACUAAAUGCUUCUAAUGACAGAGGCAUUGAUGUCGUCAGAAAUAAAAUAAAAAUGUUCGCACAAAAAAAAGUGAAUCUUGCUAAAGGAAAGCAUAAAAUAAUUAUUCUUGAUGAAGCUGACAGUAUGACUGAUGGAGCUCAACAAGCUUUACGCAGAACAAUGGAAAUUUUUUCACACACUACGAGAUUUGCAUUGGCUUGCAACAAUAGUGAAAAAAUUAUUGAACCCAUUCAAUCACGAUGUGCUAUGCUAAGAUAUGGAAAAUUAACAGAUGCGCAAGUUUUAGCAAAAGUUAUCGAAGUUUGCAAUAAGGAGGAAAUUUCACACACCCAUGAUGGUUUGGAAGCCAUUAUUUUUACUGCACAAGGUGAUAUGAGACAAGCUCUCAAUAAUUUACAGUCGACUUUUAAUGGCUUUGGUCAUGUCAACAGUGAAAAUGUUUUCAAAGUAUGCGAUGAACCGCAUCCGUUGUUGGUCAAAGAAAUGCUUGAACUCUGUACAAAAGGAAAUAUCUCCAGUGCAUAUAGUGGAAUGAAUCACUUAUGGAAAAUGGGCUAUUCGUCAGAAGAUCUCAUAACGAAUAUAUUCAGAGUUGCUAAAAAUCUCGAUAUUGAUGAACCUUUGAAACUAGAUUUUAUAAAGGAAAUUGGCGAAACGCAUUUAGGAAUUGUUGAUGGAAUAAGUAGUCUUCUACAAAUGAAUAGUCUUUUAGGUCGUCUGUGUCGUAGAUCAUUAAAAACGUAAACUUUAAUGAAUAUUUAUUUAUAUUUUUAUAAUUACAUUAUUUUUAAAUUAAAAAUGAAUCAAUAAUAGAAAUUACUUGACGUUUUUAUAAUAAAAAUUUCAUUUUUACAAAAAUA